AUGGCUGAGGGAAGCAACUUCGACUACUUGUUCAAGGUCGUCCUCAUCGGAGACUCUGGCGUCGGGAAAUCUAACCUGCUCUCGCGGUUCACGCGCAACGAGUUCAACCUGGAGACGAAGUCCACUAUCGGCGUCGAGUUCGCUACACGGUCAAUCAACGUCGAUGGCAAGACUCUGAAGGCGCAAAUCUGGGAUACUGCUGGUCAGGAACGGUACCGCGCCAUCACCGCUGCGUACUACCGCGGCGCAGUCGGCGCACUGCUCGUCUACGACAUCUCGAAGCACGCGACUUACGUCAAUGUGACGCGGUGGCUCAAGGAGCUCCGCGACCACGCCGACUCGAACAUCGUCAUCAUGCUCGUGGGGAACAAGAGCGAUUUGAAGCAUCUGCGUGCGGUCCCCACAGAGGAGGCGAAGGCAUUUGCGGCGGAGAACGGUCUGUCGUUCAUCGAGACGUCUGCGCUGGACGCAUCGAACGUCGAGUCUGCGUUCCAGACCAUCCUUACCGACAUCUACCGCAUCGUAUCAAGCAAGUCGCUCGAGCAGUCCGAUGACCCCAUCAAGCCCACGUCCGGCGACACGAUCACUGUAAGCCACAGCGUGGACACGCCCGCCAACGCUGGAGGAAAGUGCUGUUAG